GUUUGCACUUUUGCGUUAACGUAGCGCAUAUUCGCUUCACUUAUACUCAGUUGCGAUUACGUUACGCUCCCUUUCUGCUACGCCAGAAAAAUUUGUUGGCGUGUUUUGUCAGACGUUGCAAAGUAUUUCGCAUUUUGUGGACCAGCAAGAGAUAUUUAAAUUGCCAAAAUGUACGGUGGUGAAGACUUUGAUAAUUCGGACUUUUACGAUGAUUACGCGCACACCGGUGAUCCGCAAUUGGAUCUGGAGUACGAGCGUAGCUACUACGCAAACCGCAUGCCCGAGAAUGUCAAGUACUUUCUCAUGAACUUCUGUCAGGCGAUUAAGGAGGGGAAUCUCUAUGACAUACAGAACAUGUAUGAGAAUACAUUCCCGCAAAUCAGUGAUCAUCAUUUCGAUAAGACGGCAUGGCCCGAGGAGCAGGAGGUGGGCGCCAUUGUGGACAACGAUAAGGUGUUUCUGAUUUUGUACAAGGAGUUGUACUAUCGUCACAUCCAUGCGCGCAUUCCUGGUGGCCCUAAGUUGGAGCAACGUAUCAAUUCGUUCUUCAACUACUGUGAUUUCUUCAAUCUAAUCAUUUCGGCCCAGAAUCCUGUGAUGCUUGAGUUGCCCGACAUCUGGCUGUGGGAGUUGGUCGAUGAGUUUGUCUAUCAGUUCCAGAACUUUGCGCAAUACCGUGCUCGUCUGACGGACAAAUCGCAGGAUGAGAUUCAGCAGCUGUGCGUGAAUCACAGCAACGUAUGGAGCAUUCUAUGCAUUCUCAAUGUGCUGCACUCGCUCGUGGACAUCUCCAACAUCAAGAAGCAGUUGGAGGCCAUCUCGCAAGGCGUGGAUCCCCAGACAGUUGCCGGUGAUUUUGGCAAACUGGGCUUCUACAAGAUGCUUGGCUAUUUCUCGCUAGUCGGUCUGCUGCGCGUCCAUUCGCUGCUGGGCGAUUACUAUCAGGCCAUUAAGGUGCUGGAACCCAUUGAGAUCCACAAGAAAUCUGCCUACUCGCAUAUACCCGCCUGCCAGAUCUCCACAUCGUACUAUGUGGGUUUCGCUUACAUGAUGAUGCGUCGCUAUGCCGACGCCAUUCGCACUUUCUCCGACAUCCUGCUGUACAUUCAGCGCACCAAGCAGCUGUACAGUACCCGCUCGUACCAGAACGAUCAAAUCAACAAGCAGGCGGAGCAAAUGUAUCAUUUGCUGGCCAUUUGCUUGGUGCUGCAUCCGCAGUGCAUUGACGAGUCCAUUCAGCAGGUGUUGCGCGAGAAGAACUAUCACGAUGCCAUGUUCAAGAUGCAGUGCGGUGAUCUGGAUGUCUUCAAAUCGUUCUUUGUGUUCGCCUGCCCACGAUUUGUGAGCCCUUGCCCCCCGGCGGCCGAUGCGCCCAUGGAGGACUAUGUCAAGGAUCCCAUGGAACAUCAGUUGCUGGUGUUCAUGGAUGAAGUGCGCCAGCAAAAGGAUCUGCCCACCACCCGCUCGUAUCUGAAGUUGUACACCACAUUGCCGCUGACCAAACUCGCUUCCUUCAUCGAUCCCAAUGCCAGCGAGGAUGACGUGUCCAAGCUGCUUAUUCGUUUGCUCUGCUUCAAGCACAAGAUGCGCAAUCUGGUCUGGAGCAAGGGACCCAGUGGCCUCGAGGGCACCUUCAAGUCUGGUUCUGAGCUCGAUUUCUACAUUGAUGAUGACAUGAUCCAUAUUGCUGACACAAAGGUUUCGCAUCGUUAUGGCGACUUCUUUGUGCGUAAGAUAAUGAAAUUCAAUGACCUAAACCGCAAGCUGAAAAACAUCAACAUUUAAACCUAGAAAGCAACAGUACACAACUAUAUUGUAAUCGUUCUCUAACUAAUUAAUAUUCCAAUUUGGACUCCAUUUGUUUUGAUACCAAUAAAAAACAAAAUGCCUCGCAAGCGCAGCGAGAUGUCGAAACAAA